CCGACCUGUCCGCGGCUCUCUUGAUCUGGCUACAGAGGAGAGUUGACACAACGCUGUCGACAUGACCGGCAUGGAGGUGAGAAUGAGAGUGAAGACUACCUCGGAUUACUGACUGUUUAUGAUCGUGGCGUAAUCGCUUCCCUCACCCAGACGACCAGCCUCGUCACCAGAACAACCGGAGGACUAUGAUGUUUACGGCUGAAGGACCUCCAUGGUUAUGGACAUAUCGCACUAUUUCAAGAUGUAGCUGGUAUCCCAUGGUCCUCAUGUUCCUUGUGAUCAAGUGCCUUGCCACCGAUGCAGGAAAUGUAACCGUCCAGACACCUCUCGGGGAAGUCAUAGGAACCAGGAAAACAUAUCCAUUUGGGUUAGGGGAACACACGGAUACUAUCGACUCAUUUCUCGGACUUCCUUAUGCCAAACCACCGCUCGGCAGUCUCCGAUUUGAGGCACCAGAGCCGGUAGAGCCAUGGCAACAUCCCAUGGACGCCACCGUCUGGUCAAGAGGAAGCUGCACGGCCGUCGAGGAUUGCCUUUAUCUGAACAUAUAUUCACCCUACAAGUCUUCUGACGAUCAAGGGACGCGCUAUCCCGUAAUGUUUUAUAUUCACGGAGGCUCGUACAUGCAGGGUACGGCGACUGACUAUGACGGUACGGCCCUCGCUCAGUACGGAGUAGUGGUGGUUAUCAUCAACUAUAGGCUCUUCCUAGCUGGGUUCCUGAGCACCGACAAUUCUACACUGCCUGGCAACUAUGGCGUUCUCGAUCAAGUCAUCGCCUUGAACUGGGUCUCGAAUAAUAUCCGCCAUUUCCGUGGAAACCCGAAGGAAGUGACGAUCUUUGGGAACAGUGCCGGUGGGUCGAGUGUAGGAAUACAUAUCAUAUCUCCCUUGUCCAAAGGUCUUUUCCACCGUGCAAUCAUCCAGAGUGGUCCGAUCAAUGCAUACUGGGCGUCCUAUAAGUCGGGUGACGGGUUUAGUCCGCGACAAUUUUUUACCGAAGUGGUUGAAAAGCAGGACUGUGUCUCACCAACCGUCCAAGAUGCCAUCGCAUGCCUGAAGGAGGUAGAGUAUGAACAUCUGAUUGACCCUUGGACCAAGAACAGCGAGGAUUACAAAUUCUUCACUAUUUCCGAGGAAGAUACCAAACCACGUAUUGACGGAGUCGUCAUCCCAGAGUCCAUUACGUCACUACUGUCACGUGGUCGAGUCAACAAUGUACCUGUUAUGUUAGGUGUGACGUCGGAGGAAUCGGCCCGAAUAUAUGGAUUCUUUCUCGAUUCAAGAUUUUAUAGUUACUACCCAGAUGCAGAUCAUGAACUAGGCGACGGGAUGGACCGGGCCUCAUUUCUAAAGAUGACGGACUACUUUGCCAAGUUAUUCGAUUGGCCAAGCACUGUUAGUGACGUUAUAAAGUUUCACUAUACUGAUUGGACAAAUCCAAACGAUACAUUUGUCAACAGAGACAACUUUAUUCAAUUGUGUGGUGACACGGAUAUGGCUUACCCGACCCAUAGUUUAGCCAACGCCUUCGAUCAGAUUGGCAUGCCCGUCUAUCGUUACGUGUUUGAUUACAAACUUCGCCAUGUAGCCAUCUUCCCGGAGUGGGUGAGAAACUACAGCUAUCAUGAGAUUGAGCUCUCGCUCGUGUUUGGCGCUCCUUUCACUGGACAUCUACAGCCAUUCGUCCUCUCGUCUAACUUCACUAGGGAGGACAAGACGAUGAGCAAGGCACUGAUGACAUGGUGGACAAACUUUGCCAAAACUGGGAAACCCACGAGAGGAAGUGAAAAUCCCUUUAACACCGACUGGGUGCCCUACACCAAGAUUUCAGGGAAAUACCUUUCUGUGGAGGAAGGCGGUAUCAGUAUUAGAGAUCACGUCAAGCCAAACACGUUUGCCUUAUGGAACUGGUUGAUGCCACGGGUUAGCAUUAAUGUUACCGCAAGCUAUGAUGUUGCUCCAACAAAACACUAUCAACCAAGUUUUCCUGCAGUCUUGUGGGUCUUUGUUGCAUUUUCUGUGGCGUUGUUGUGUGUUGUUAUUGUUUUGGGCGCUCUAGUUAUCUCUUAUAGAAACUCUUCAAGGCGUUUGCUGGACCCUUCGUAUUCAAUGAGUUAUAAUGGUCCGUCAAGGCUAACCACAUGAGUGAGUGGUGAUAUUGAUAUUAAAUACAAUACAAUGGGCCGAUAAGGUUAAUCAUUGAGUGAGUGGUGAUAUUUACAGAUAGUGGUCUUAGCCAAAGCCUUGUGUGUAAGGUUGCUUUCAUAUUCAAUGAAUUAUAAUGGGCCGACAAGGUCAACCACAUGAGUAGGCGGUCCUAAUCAGAGCCAUGUGUGUGGAGUUGCUUUCAUAUCCAAUGAGUUAUAAUGGGCCGACAAGGUUCACACUUCACAUGUGGAAUAAAGAGGACACCAGGAUUUGAAAUAAAAAAUAAAACACCUGA